GGCCGCGGCGGGCGGGGCGCCGGCGGGAGCGCGCCCGGCGCAAGAUGGCGGCGGCCAUGCGAGGCCCUGGAGUUGCGUGUGCGCAGCGGGCGGCGGCGCGGCCCGGGAGACAGGCGCGGCGACGGCGCUAGCCCUGCCCUCGGCCCCUCCUCACGGCCACUCCCUCCGCCUUUCCCGGCGUCGCCCGACAUGGACCUUUCCGUGGGCCCCGGCGCGGCGGGGCCCAGCAACGUCCCGGCCUUCCUGACCAAGCUGUGGACCCUCGUGAGCGACCCCGACACCGACGCGCUCAUCUGCUGGAGCCCGAGGCCACGCGGAAACGGGCGUGACACUGCUCACAGCAGCCAGUGGGGAUGCCCGCCAAGACCCAUCCACUGAGCGGCAACAGCUUCCACGUGUUCGACCAGGGCCAGUUUGCCAAGGAGGUGCUGCCCAAGUACUUCAAGCACAGCAACAUGGCCAGCUUCGUGCGGCAGCUCAACAUGUACGGCUUCCGGAAGGUGGUGCGCAUCGAGCAGGGCGGCCUGGUCAAGCCCGAGAGGGACGACACCGAGUUCCAGCACCCGUGCUUCCUGCGUGGCCAGGAGCAGCUGCUCGAGAACAUCAAGAGGAAAGUGACCAGCGCCUCCACCCUGAAGAGCGAGGACAUCAAGGUGCGUCAGGACAGCGUCACGAAGCUGCUGACGGACGUGCAGCUCAUGAAGGGGCGGCAGGAGUGCAUGGACUCCAAGCUCCUGGCCAUGAAGCACGAGAACGAGGCCCUGUGGCGGGAGGUGGCCAGCCUGCGGCAGAAGCACGCCCAGCAGCAGAAAGUUGUCAACAAGCUCAUUCAGUUCCUGAUCUCGCUGGUGCAGUCCAACCGGAUCCUGGGGGUGAAGAGAAAGAUCCCGCUGAUGCUGAAUGACGGCAGCUCUGCACAUUCCAUGCCCAAGUACGGCCGGCAGUACUCCCUGGAGCACGUCCCCGGUGCCGGCCCCUAUGCGGCCCCGGCCCCGGCCUACAGCGGCUCCAGCCUCUACGCGGCAGACGCCGUCGCCAGCUCCGGGCCCAUCAUCUCCGACAUCACUGAGCUGGCCCCCUCCAGCCCCCUGGGCUCCUCAGGCGUGAGCGCAGAUGAGAGGCCUCUAUCCAGCAGCUCCCUGGUGCGAGUUAAGGAGGAGCCCCCGAGCCCACCUCGGAGCCCUCGGGUGGAGGAGGCGAGUCCCGGGUGCCCGUCGUCUGUGGACACCCCCUUGUCCCCGACCACCUUCAUCGACUCCAUCCUGCGGGAGAGCGAACCCGCCCCCACAGCCGCCUCAGCCUCAGCCCUCCCGGACGCAGGGGGUCGCCCCCCCUCGCCCUCACCCCGCUCCGCCCCCGAGAAGUGCCUCAGCGUAGCCUGCCUGGACAAUGUGGCUCGCGCUCCACAGAUGUCUGGGGUCGCCCGCCUCUUCCCCUGCCCCUCCUCCUCCUCUCUGCAUGGCCGAGUCCAGCCAGGGAACGAGCUCAGUGACCACUUGGAUGCCAUGGACUCCAAUCUGGAUAACCUGCAGACCAUGCUAACCAGUCACGGCUUCAGCGUGGACACCAGCGCCCUGCUGGACCUGUUCAGCCCCUCGGUGACGCUGCCUGACAUGAACCUGCCUGACCUUGACAACAGCCUGGCCAGUAUCCAGGAGCUCCUGUCUCCCCAGGAGCCCCCCAGGCCUCUCGAGGCAGAGAACAGCAGCCCGGACUCAGGAAAGCAGCUGGUCCACUACACAGCGCAGCCCCUGCUCCUGCUGGACCCGGACGCCGUGGACACAGGGAGCAGCGAGCUGCCCGUGCUCUUCGAGCUGGGGGAAGGCUCCUACUUCUCCGAAGGGGACGACUACUCAGACGACCCCACCAUAUCCCUGCUGACAGGCUCCGAGCCCCCCAAAGCCAAGGACCCUGCCGUCUCCUAGAGGCCCUGGGGGGAGCUGGGCCACCCAGGGCCUGCCCACCGCCACCCCCAGUGCAGGGCUGGGCUCGGGGCAGCUGGACAGGCGCUUGGGGUGGGCAGUGCCUCCAGGCAGGAGCCAGAGUUGCCUUUGCCCCUUCCCGGCGUCCAGGGGUUUGGCUGGAGCUUUACAGCCAACUUGGACUGGCCUGCGGCUUGCUCAGAGGUGUAUUUUGGUUUUUACAUGAGGGUACCCCUCCCCUUCCAGACACAGACGCACAGGUGGACAGACGGAGACGAGACAGGCAGCGAUGCUGUAUAAAUGGACGGGCUCUAGGCUGCA